AUGUCUGAGAACUCGACCCCACGUAGAGCAUCCGUCGAUACCGUAAAGGCGACGAGACCCAUCAGCAAGAGGGCUGAGAGACGUAAGGAAGCCUCGGAAAUCGACGAACUCGUUUCAGAUUUUGGUCUCCUCGCCGUGAAUGCUACAGCAAGAGACUUCUAUGGCUUCACAACAGAGAUGUCUUACGCCCGCUUGAUUCGAUCGGCCAGCGCAAAAGAGCCACUCCCAACCGGCUUGAUCAAAGCAAUGCCUCCAAAAUUCGCAGCAACACCACUGAUUCAACAUUACUUGAAUAACAUCUUUACCUUAUGGCCAGUCUUUGAGGAAGCUACUCUUUACUCUUCCGUAGAGGCCGUCUAUUCACAAGGCGACAAUGCAAAACCCUGGGAUCGCUGGAGUGUGCGUAUGGUUUUGGCUAUCGCCUGUCUCUCCCAAUCUGAAUCGAGGGGUGAUACACAUUACUCUGAUGCUGUUGGCCACGUGAAUGCGGCUCUUGAGAAUGCCGAAGAUGUACUACAUCCUGGUUACGUCUCCAGUAUUCAAGCUUUGAUACUCUGGACCAUCUACGCCACUAUGGAUCCCCAUCAUUUUGACAGUUGGACACUAGUCGGCGCAGCUUCCAGAGCGAUGGUAGAUCUCGGCAUACAUCAAGAUCCAUCCAAGACUGUUGCAAUGUCACGGCCGAAGCUAGAGAUCAGGAGAAGAACUCGCGCCUUUUCAUUCUCGGAUGAGGCUGCGAAUGUCGGCUUUCCGUUCCACAACGCUUCCAUCUCGCCAAAGUUUGCUUCACCAACAUCUCAAGUCUUCCAACAGUCUUUCGAUACAGCUGUCGAUCUCUUCAGGAUACGAGAGAUUCAGUCAGAGUGGUAUAUGGACCUCUUCCAAUCUGGACGGGAGCCUUGGCAAGAGCCAUAUCAAUACAUCUGGAAGCAGUAUAACAAGAUGUCAGAGUGGUUCCAAGACAUGCCUCAGAGUACUCUUCCUGCCGUGAAGUCAUUCUUCGGGCUCGAACUUCUCUACAGCUACGUCUAUAUUCUCUCGCCAAGCCCGCGGAUACCUCAUAUUCACGAGUAUGCUCAGCGUUUGAUUUUCGAACAUUGCAUUGCAUACGCUACGAACCUACUCGCCAUACUGGACAAACCUUCCAACACUGUCAAGCCUCCGGUCACCUUUUAUGACGCUAUGCGCGCUUACAUGACGGGCCGGCAGUUUGUGGACGUUCUGUCACGCAACAUGGAGAUGAUCCUUGAUCCAAGACCACCGGUACCUCCAACGCCACUAGCUCCUCAAACAGAAUCCGAAGAUCCCCUGGCACCACCUGCGCAGGUCAGCGCACCACCAUUCCCAUCACCACUACUUCCUGAAGGACAGAUGCUGCCAUUAGACCCCAUCACUCGUGCCAUUAACGCUAUCCAUGACUUCACAUCAGUACUAUCCAAAUUUGGCCUAAGGUUUGGCUUUACCCACUGGCGUGAUCGCUUCCAAAGAGAGUCCGCUGCUCUAUCUGCACAGCUUUACCAACGCCAACAAGCAUCACCGCACACUUCGCCUCCAGUACAACAAAUUUCGCCACCUGUCACCUACCCUCCACAAUGGGUACCAAUGCCAUCGGUAUCUCCACAGGCGCCACAACUCAUGUACCCAGGAGGCCCGACAACACCACCAAGUCUGUUCCCGCAAUCUAGUCCUUUCACAAGUUCCAUGUCAUAUAAUGGCACUUCGUAUGACGGAUCCGGUCAUAGUCCCCAACCACACGGUAUGACGUUCGACGCGAGCCCUGGCCAACAGACGUGGACAACUCCGUCACCUCAGCCGUUACCUGAGUUGCCACAGCCAUCCGGUGGCCAAAAACGAAGAGCUAUGGUAUAUGGCCCGGGCUUACCGGCGCCGCAGUCCGGGCAAGGUCACAGUCCUGGUGCGUCGUCGAUAUCUGGGCAGGAUAGCAAUGGAUGGCCACAACAGGAGCAACAACAACAAGAUACAAACGGCUACUUCCAAGCGCCACCCGCUAUGCCGCACCAGCAUAGCAAUUCAUGGACACAGGAUCCGUCACAAAGCAGCUGGGGGUAA